AUGGGUGCUCUAGAUUUCCUCUCAGAUUACUUCUCUGUCACUCCAAAAAAGAAACACAAGCCAAUGCAGACAGUUGAAAUAAAGGUGAAAAUGGACUGUGAUGGCUGUGAAAGAAGAGUUCGAAGUUCAGUUUCACAUAUGUCAGGUGUGAAGGAAGUGGAUGUGAAUAGAGAGCAAAGCAAGGUAACAGUGACUGGUUAUGUGGAUAGAAACAAGGUGUUGAAGAAAGUGCAAAGCACAGGAAAAAGAGCAAAGUUUUGGCCAUAUGUUGAAUAUAACUUGGUGGCAUAUCCUUAUAUAACACAAGCUUAUGCAAAGAAUGCACCAUCUGGAUUUGUGAAAAACACUGAAUUAGCAUUACCAAAUCCAAAUGGAGCAGAUGAUAAGAUCACUUCUUUCUUCAGUGAUGAUAAUCCUAAUGCAUGCUCAAUCAUGUGA